CCAUCAGUGAGAGGAGGACAACGUAAAAUAUGGAGGUUAGUGAUGAUGGCAGAACUUCGCCUUCUGGUAGUUUGGAUGGUCCUCGAGAACGUUCAAACAGUGAUCCAGGUCGUAGAGAGAUGACCAUAGUCAUGAAUGGCGGGAACACUGUGCCUACAAGACGACCACAGUUUUUAAACUCCACGGAAAUGGAUAGUUCUGUCGCAAGUGCAAACUCGACCCCAAGUACACCUCCUCCUGUGCGGCGAAGCAAAUUGGCAGCAAGUAUUGGAAGAUUACUUCGACCGUGGAAAUGGCGAAGGAGAAAGAAAAGUCAGAAGUUCAUCACUACUUCACAAAAUCUUGAGAGAAAACUAUCUGUACGCACUAACAGAGAUGAGUUGAUAAAGAAAGGAAUCCUUCCUGUCACAACUGAAGAGAAAGAAAAUGAGAAUGAUUCAAGUGAAGUCCAGUGUAAUGGUCCUUCAUCAGAAAACAGGCUGCCCAAUAAAAGUGAUGAGAAAUCCAUAAGAUCAGGUCAGCCAAGGAGUGCUUUGAGAACUCCACUAACACAGCGAGACAAUCUACCCACUGGGAAUCAAAUCAAGAAUGAUUUUCAGGUUCAACAGUUGGAUACAUUGAGUAUGAUGGACCAACUAGCUCAAGAAUUAGCUCGUCGAAACACUGGGGACAGUUCAACGAUUGAACAGACAGUCCUUCGAACUCAAAAUAAUAGACAUUGUAGUUCAAGUGGCCAACAACCAAGAUUUCUGGUUGUUCAAAGUGUUGGGAGAGAAACCAGUGAUGAAGAAGAAUGUUCACAUGAUGAAAGUUCGCAACAUGGAAGUUUAGAAAGUGAUGGAAGCUUUUCUGACUCAGAGGAAGAAGAGGAAAAUCAAGGAAUUGUAACAGGCUUAGCCUCUAAGCUUAAAAGGAAGGAUAGUUUGGCUCAAAAACUAAAAACACGACCAAGUCAAGGUGAACUUGAAGCCAGAAACAUUCUUCCAACAAAAACAGAAGAAGAAAAACUAGAGAGGAAAAAUGAAGUUGGAACUAAACUUAUAAGACGGCUUAGCACACGACCUACUGCACAAGAACUUAGGGAAAGGAAUAUAUUAAAAUCAUCCUCAGAGGAAGAGGCUAAAGAAGAAAAAGAGGAAAAGAAAAGAGUUUUAACCAGAAAGCUAAGUAGAAGGCCUACAGUGCAAGAGUUAAGAGCAAAGAAGAUUCUUAAAUUUAACGAUUAUGUUGAAUGUGUUGAUGUCCAUGACUACGAUAGAAGAGCUGACAAGCCCUGGACAAGAUUGACCCCUGAAGACAAGGCUGCAAUUCGCAAAGAGCUCAAUGAGUUUAAGAGUAAAGAAAUGGAGGUGCAUGAAGAUAGUAGACAGUACACUAGGUUCCAUCGUCCCUAGACUUCUACAGGCACCCAGAGGAUUUUAACUUUACAUCUAUUUUUUUUCUUGUUGGAUCGAAUUAUUAAAAGGACUGCUUAUUAAAUAUACUGUAAUGUACAGCUCACACAACUGCUGUAAAUAUUAUUAAUUAUAUAUGAAUUUUUGUAUAGAAUUUAUAGCUUUUUUAAGUGUUUGUUAUAAUAGAUGUUGCAAGGGAAUGAGUAUCCUCUCAAUUAUAAAAAAGCAAAGGCCAUUUCUUUGCAACUAGGGCUUCAAAGAAGUAAAAUUCAAAAGCCGAGAGUUCUUGCCGGCAUGGCUAGUGAACUAUCAUUCAGGUAAAAUCAAAAUUUAUGCAAGUUGUCUGUGACACUUGUUUGAUAAAGCUAUUGACAUUCAUUAUUUGAAUGGUCGUAAAUGGAGCAUUUCCUUUUUUACUUUUAACAAAGGUGUACUGUUAACUGUUUUUUUUGUGACUGACCGGCAUGACAUUUGGUUCAUAUUCUUAUGAUGGCCAUAGUUACCACCUGACUGUACAAAUUUAAAACAUCAAGGUGAUUAUUAUUAUAUUAUUUUAAUAUUAAUGCUAGAAUACUUGAGGGUUCAAUUACUGAAAAUAAAAGCAAUGGCUGUCUGUGACGUGCUUUGAUUUCAGACUAAGUUGCUUUAAUCAACUUGCUGCUUUUUAUUCAUUGCUCCAACAAUUUUUGUGUAGGAAAGCAGUAAAAUAAAACAAUGGAGUUAUAUUCAUGGGUAUAAAUAUGUUUUGGGCCUGACUCAGUGACAUGUUAGUGGUGAGGGUUAAAAUAACUCUGAGAAGGGCUCAAACCUCAUUUAUGCACAAGAACUUAAACUUUAUUCUAUUGUUAUACUUUUGAGGGCAUUGAGAAAAUAAAAACCUGGAAAAACUACCAUUAAUAAAAAUGGUCUUUAACAAUCACAUGAGUUUGAGAUACUUUUCAACCCGCAAAAUGUGCCGUAAUGCCUCUGACAAAGUGAUUUUUAACAAGGAAACCGAGUAUUUUUCAUGUCGGUAAAUGUUUCCCAAAGCAAUUGGCACCAAUGUAGCUUUAGUAUCAAACUGGUCAAUGACAAAUUAGCCAAUAUUAUAAGUGCAUCUCUCCCCUACCGAGAACAGAACAAGUUGCUUAUGGUCAUUAAUGGGAAUUGCAACAAGCAUUUAAUCUCAUGGAGCAGAGCAUAUAUUUUAUAAUUUUUUCACUGUUGGCCAUCUUGACUAUUUUGAAAGCUUUUUGCUACUUGAACUUGUUUUGGGGAAUUUAUAACCAUCAAUAUUUAUUUAAAUAAAUAUUUACCACUUUGUUUCUUAGGGUUCAUUGUUCUGUAUGGUUUUUUCAGCAUGACCAUCUUUUGAAUAAUGAAGUCCAAGCUUCUCAAUUUUUUAAUCUUUGAUUACUUAGAACAUAAUAGUUCUCCAGCCAUCCCUUACCAUUGUACAGCAGAGGGGUCUGGAAACAUUCUGUUGUCAUAGGAAUAAAGUAUUGUGAAACACCACAA